CCUUCUUCGGCUAAGCUUAACGAACGAGUACAGUUCGCUGCUCCAUACUUGAACAUUCGUCCAUUCGCCUCAGCGGCUUGGUUGUUCUCAGACGCUCAUUCAGGCUUCGUUCUUGUUGACCGAGAAUGUCGGCCGCUCAAAAGAAACAGAAAAAGGCGAUCGAGAGCAUCAACUCUCGCCUUGCUUUGGUGAUGAAGUCUGGCAAGUACUGCCUUGGACUCCGUCAGACCCUCAAGACUCUUCGCCAGGGAAAAUCCAAGCUGGUGAUUAUCGCCAACAACACUCCCCCUCUCAGGAAAUCUGAAAUUGAAUACUACGCCAUGUUGGCUAAAACUGGUGUUCAUCACUACACUGGUAACAACAUUGAGCUCGGCACAGCCUGUGGAAAGUACUUCCGAGUGUGCACAAUGUCCAUCACUGAUCCAGGAGAUUCUGACAUUAUUAGGUCUAUGCCUGCAAGUGAAGGAGGGCAAGGACAGUAAUCUGUUCUGUCAUGUAUGGUGUGAAAUACAUGUUUGCACUGUCUUGUUGGAAA